AUGGAGCUACUGUCAUCUUCAACCACUGAUACUGUUCCACCAUUGCCCCCGAACACUCAACCACUUGAGCAUCAAAUAGCUGGCCAUUUCUAUGGUCGGUCGCAUUCCAAAUAUGGUCUUCUAGAGCAGAAGUCAACUGGCUUGGUACUCAAACCAUUUAUAAGUGCACCAAGGGGUCCUCGAGAACAUCAAUUUUAUGUCGAUGUGUUUUCAAGUGAGUCGUCCGCACAACUACAAAACCUUCGUCCAUUUUUACCGACAUUCUUUGGUACACACGAAUUCGCUGGCAUGCAGUACCUUAUGCUUGAAAAUAUUCUUGCAAGAUUUCAACGGCCUUGUAUUGCUGAUGUAAAGAUUGGCCGGAUAACUUACGAUAGUGAUGCAAAUACCGAAAAGAAACAACGACUAACAAAUAACUUUCCAGCAGCGGCUGAUAUUGGCUUUCAAUUACUCGGUUGGAAAACUUAUCGAUCAAGCGAGAAGAAAUAUGUUUAUCAUCAUAAGUUAUGUAGUCGUUCCAUUGAAAAGCACGAAAUCUUCAGCGCCCUUGCUAAUUUCUUCGGGGCACCUGAAAACGAUCAUCGUCCAGUGGUACUAGCUGUGCUUGAACGUCUUCACGCUCUCGAGCAUUUGAUGAAGGACAUUCACAGUUUUGUUUUUAUUGCAACGUCUCUUUUAAUAGUUUACGAGGGUGAACAACAUCAAUCAUGUGCUCAGCCAAUGCCAAAAGUCGACGUUCGCCUCAUCGAUUUUGCACACGUGUUCCCAGUCAAGGAUGAAGACGGCAAUCCAACUAAACAAUCAGACGAAAAUUUCCUCUUUGGACUUCGUAGUUAUAUUGAACAUUUAGAAAUUAUAGCUCACGACAAGUUCGUAUAUCUUCCUCUGGAAAAGUUAAACCAUAAUGAAUCAGCUAACGCUCUGUCAGCCUGUUAUACAACAUUCACUUGA